AUGGCGCCCUCUUUCGACCACCUCCGCGAGGCGGAUCUCGACGACGACGAGUACGACGAGGAUGAGGUCGACAUCUCCGACCUGCGCGCAAAGUACGAGGUGCAGCUGGAGCAGGGAUUCGAUACGUUUGUUGUGAUUGACGGCCUGCCCGUGGUCACGGAGGAGCAGAAGCCGAAGCUGGUCAAGUUCCUGCUGAAGAAGCUCAACACGGUGGGACGUGCGCGUGAGGACAGCAUCGAGAUGCCCAUGGAGGGCGAGGACGGAAAGUCUCUUGGCUUUGCUUUCGUGGAGUAUUCGUCUGCCGGCGAGGCCGCGGCCGCCGUCCGGCAACUCGACAACGUCGCGCUCGACAAGCGCCACACGCUGCGCGUCAACAAGCUGACCGACAUUGAGCGGUACGGCCGCGAGGGCCGCAUCCACGACGAGUACGAGCCACCACACAUUGACGAGUUUGUGCCCCGCGACCACCUGCGCUCGUUCCUGGCCGAUCCCAGCGGCCGCGGCCGCGACCAGUUCGUCCAGUACCGCGGCGACAACGUCGCCGUUGUCUGGAAUAACGAGAAGGACAGCCAGGAGGUUAUCGUCGACCGCCCCAACUGGACCGAGAGCUUCGUGCAGUGGUCGCCACUGGGCACCUACCUGACGUCGGUGCACAUCCAGGGUGUGCAGCUGUGGGCAGGCCCCAAGUGGGACCGUGUCGGCCGGUUCCCCCAUCCCUUUGUCAACCUCGUCGCUUUCUCGCCGCAGGAGAACUACCUCGUCACGUGGUCCAACCGCCCCAUCUCCAUCUCCGAGGAGGGCCACCCCGCGCUGUCCAUCGACGACGACGGCAAGAACUAUGUGAUCUGGGACAUUGCCUCGUCCAAGCCGCUGCGGUCGUUUGCCAACAUCGACAUCCCCAUUGGCCCCGGCGCCGAGGGCCCCGACGGCGUCAAGGCGCCCCGGAAACAGCCAUGGCCGGCCUUCAAGUGGUCGUCGGACGACAAGUACGUUGCGCGGUUAACACAGGGCCAGUCCAUCUCCGUCUACGAGCUGCCCCGCAUGAACCUGCUGGACAAGACGACGAUCAAGAUUGAGGGUGUCAUGGGCUUUGACUGGGCACCGGCGCGGCCGCAGCGCGACGGCGUCAAGACGUAUGAGCAGCUGUUCUGCUACUGGACGCCCGAGAUUGGCAGCAACCCUGCCAAGGUCGGCCUCAUGAGCAUCCCGUCCAAGGAGAUUGUGCGCACGCUGAACCUGUUCAGCGUGUCGGACGCGAAGCUGCACUGGCAGUCCGAGGGCGCGUAUCUGUGCGUCAAGGUCGACCGCCACUCCAAGUCCAAGAAGUCGCAGGCCACGACGCUGGAGAUUUUCCGCGUCAAGGAGAAGGGCGUGCCCGUCGAGGUGCUCGACACCAUCAAGGACACGGUCAUCAACUUUGCGUGGGAGCCCAAGGGCGACCGGUUCGUCAUUAUCACGACGACCGAGCCGGUGGGCCCGACGGCCGUGCCGCCCAAGACGUCCGUGGCGUUCUACUGCCCCGAGAAGGCCAAGGGCAACGCGGUCGGCAACUUCAAGCUGCUGCGCACGCUCGAGAAGAAGAACAGCAACGCCAUCUACUGGUCGCCCAAGGGCCGCUUCGUCGUGGUCGCCACCGUGCACAACCAGCAGAGCUCGGAGCUCGAGUUCUUUGACGUCGACUACGAGGGCGAGAAGCCCGAGGCCGAGAAGGACAUGACUGCCAACCUGCAGCUCAUGAACACAGCCGACCACUACGGCGUGACGGACGUGGAGUGGGACCCCUCUGGCCGGUACGUGGCCACGUGGGCGUCGGCCUGGAAGCACUCGAUGGAGAACGGCUACCACAUGUACAACUUCAAGGGCGAGCUGCUGCGCGAGGAGCCCAUUGACAAGUUCAAGCAGCUGCAGUGGCGCCCGCGCCCGCCGACGCUGCUGUCCAAGGAAGAGCAGAAGGCGAUCCGCAAGAACCUGCGCGAAUACUCGCGCGUCUUCGACCAGGAGGACGCCGAGCGGAUAGCCGGCGCCGACCAGGAGGUCGUCGACCGCCGCCGCGAGCUGCUGGCCGAGUGGUAUAGCUUCCGCGAGUCCAUGGAGGAGGAGCUGGCCGAGGAGCGCGAGCUACAGAACAUCUCCGCCAACGUUGUCGAGGAGAUGCUCAAGGCCAAGACGGAGGCCCUGGGCGCCGUUGAGGAUCAGGAGAAGGUGGUCGAGGAGAUUGUCGAGGAGGUCCUCGAGGAGACGGAGGAAAUUGUGCAGUAA